CCUCGAUCUGUCAAAGUUUAGCACAGCGGAGUUGAUUGAAGAGCGAUUGGCUUUUCUUUUUAGUUUCUCUUAUUAUUUUUAACCCUGACCAUAAGUUUUUCCUAUAAUGAGUUCUAAAAAUUGAAUAUAUUUAGGGUAAGUGUCUCGUCAAAGGUGGACAAGUCGUCCACGACUGGAUAAUGCUGAAAUCAAACACCAUCAUACCACAAGAUAAGAUGGCAGAUAUACUUGAUAUGACUUCUGUGAAUAACAAUAUACCUUCAUUCCCACAAACCACAACUUGGACUUACAGCAUGUGGAGAUGCAUGCAGGAAAUAAUUCCUGGAUUGUACCUCGGACCAUACCAAGCUGCCUUGAAACACUGCCGUAUUAAUCUGACUGAAAAGGGAAUUACCCACAUUAUUUGUGUUAGGGAAAAUGUGGAGUCUCAAUUCAUAAAACCACAAUUCACUGAUUCAUCAUUCACAUACAUGACUCUUGAUAUUGCUGAUCUAGCAACUGAGAGUAUAAUCUGUUUCUUUCCAAAAGUUAGACAAUUUAUUGAUGAUGCACUGAAUAGGAAUGGAAAAGUUCUGGUGCAUGGAAACAAUGGAAAUUCAAGAAGUGCCACUUUGGUACUUGCCUAUAUAAUGGAAAAAUUUGGACUGACCUGCAAAGAGGCUUACACAUUUGUCAAGACAAGAAGGGCAUCUGUGAAGCCCAAUGAGGGCUUUGUGGCACAACUAGCAGAAUAUGAACCAAUAUAUAGAGCAAGACAAAGCUUGGAACAAGGUGGAUCUUCAGAGAACCGCAGGCACAAGAGGAAAAGUGAACAGCUUUCAGAAGUAGUGGAUGUGGACUUAAUACAACCUCCCCCUAGUCCCUCCACUGAUAACUGUCAAAUGGACUGUAGGCCUGAAGAAGUACAUGAUAUAUCAAACAAUUUCCAUCGGCUGUGGCUCCUCAAGAGCUCCUAGUUAUAUCUGUUUAAGUUUCUGCAUUUCUUUUAAUUUAAGAAGUUUUGUUUUAUGUUGUUUUAUUGUAAAUAUGUAUAAAUUUAUUUUUUUAUCUAUGUAUUAUAUACUGUAUGUAGAACUUAGGACUUAUAAAAAUAU